GAAAUGAGAAAUAUGAUUAUCUGUGUAUAGAUAAUGAUGAUAAUGAAAGUUUUUUUGGGAAAGCAGCAAUUGGAUUGUUUAAUUGUCAUGGUAUGGGUAGUAAUCAGCUAUGGUAUCAUUGUAAAUUUGGUCAGAUAAGAAGACAUAGAGGAUGUUUUGAGCCACAUAAAGAAAAACAAGGCCAAAUAACAUCAUGGUACUGUACUGGAGAGUAUUCAGAAAAACAGCAUUGGUUGUAUAGAGAUGACCAAAGUAUAUAUCAUGGUGAAACUAAACAAUGUUUAGAUGUAGUUUCUGAGGGUAAAAGGACCUAUCGGUUAGUGUUAAAUAACUGUAACAAUCAACCGAGUCAGCAGUGGAGAUGGCUUCGUAGUUCACCUCCAGGGCCCAUUCCACAAAUCAACUAAUCAUUAGCUCUGGUUUUCAUGUGAUAUUUCGUUUCACAAGGUGUGAUUUAGAUAGGUUCUCCAACUUAAGACUUUUCAAAUCUGAGAAAAAUUCAAAUCUGGCUGGUCUUUCUGCUGGUACCCUUCUUACCAUCCAUGAUCUGCCGAGACUGAUUGUUGCCAGUAUAUUCAGAGGAAAGGGUUUUAUUGCUAGAGCGUAUGAGAAGUUAAAUAUCAUUUUGUGAACAAAAGUGUGUGGGAAAGGAUGACGGAGAUGGAUAAAACUGUUUCCUCAAAUGAUAAGGAAAGUAAUUUAAUGUAAAUAUAAAUAUAAUAAUAAUAAUGUAUAAAUCACGUAAAAAGCAAUACAGAAUAAAUCUGUAUAAUAAAAGGAUAUGAGAGAUG